GAGUCGAAGAGAGAACUAGAUCCUUUCUUGAAUGAAAGCCGAGCUUACGAACAUAUUCUUUACAAUUGUCCACCCUCUAAACUCUCAUAUUUUCCGACCUACUCUGGGGUGCUCAAUUUGACACGCGAGCAGUAUCCUAGAACUUACGCAUUGCGUCCUCGAGCAAUAGUGCUUGAAAGAAUUAAGCCAAAUCUAAGUUCCCGGCGCAUAUUAGGGGUAUCCCCCGGUCGGAAAUUCCAUCUUUUCGACAAUUUUGUCGCAGAAAUUACUGAGCUAUCUCUAAGCUGUUUUGAAAAGAAGUGGUUCACUUCUUUAGCUAUUGAUCGGCUUCGGCGUCUUACAGCGUUGCAUGAGAUUGGGAUACUACACCGCGAUAUUUGUGACGAACAUUUCCGUCUUCAUGAUUAUUACGAUUCCGUUCUCUACGAUUUUUCUCACUCCUAUAUUGUCAAUUCGCCGUGGCCUUUUCCCAAACGGUUCAAGCCAUUGAUGGAGCUCAUUCAUAUUGAACAAACUGAAGUAUUAGGUGAUAUUCUUAAUCGGGCAAAAAAAUCAGACUUACGUGCUCAUAUUGCUGCAACACUGAAUUUGAACCAGGAAACUGUUGUAGAAUUCUGCACUCGAAAACUUGAAGGUAUAGAACUAGAACUAAUCUGUUUAAAGACUCGACAUCGACCAGAUACAUGGACGCAUCCAUCACUAGCUUCUAUUUUUCCAUUUUUAGAGGCUAUACGUCCUACUCCAGCAUGGCACAUUACCAUGUCUCGGCUUCUCCAGGAAUUUCAAUCUGCCUGGUUCUCCUACACGCCAGAAACAAAACAUGUAGACCCGAUCGCAUUCUGUGGGGUAGAAUGCUUUGAGCAAAAUCUGGAUGAAAUUAUCAUGGAGCAAAACUUUUUACUUAUUUUGUUUCCUGGGUCUUGGGAAGUUGACAAGCAAAGGCUUCUUAUCUGUGCUAGACGUGUUGCAAAUGAAGGAUGGGGUCCAAUCAUUGCAAAGAAGGAAUUUGAUGGGAUAAUAAAUUAA